CCGGAAGCGACAGUUCAGCGUCUGACUGGUUGCUCUGGAGCCGGGUCGCGUGCCCUCCUGCCUGCCCGCCUCCUGCUAUGGGGGGCACCGAGAGCAGCGAGGGCCGCAGGGUGUCCUUCGGCAUGGACGAGGAGGAGCGGGUCCGGGUGCUACAGGGCAUCCGGCUUUCUGAAAAUGUGGUCAACCGCAUGAAGGACUCCAGCCAGCCUUCCCAAGUGGGCCAGCUGACUUUGCCUCCUGCUCCUCCAUGUUCCACAUUGGACACAUCUAAAGGCCCGGAGAAAGACUCCAAGCUGCCCAAGUCGGAGAAUGGUGGUGCCCAGCAGCCCUUGGGGGCGGAGGAGGAUCUCCUUAAGAGGUAUAAACAGAAGCAGGCUAUAGCCCAGGAUGAGCUGUUUCAGGCGGCAAAGAGGGAAAGAGAGGCAGCCACGAAGUACCGGAAUGCAUCCCUGCACCGCGGGGAGGACAGCCAUGACCAGGAGAAGCAGAAGUCAGCCGUGCUGGACAGCGAGCUGGAGAACCGAGAGUCGGAGCUGAGACGCCACAACGCCUUCUAUAAGGAGCAGCUGGCGCGCAUUGAGAGGAAGAAUGCUGAGAUGUAUAAACUAUCUUCACAGCAAUUCCAUGAGGCAGCUUCGAAAAUGGAGGGCACGAUAAAGCCCCGCAGGCUGGAGCCCGUCUGCUCAGAGCUGCAGGCUCAGAUCCUUCACUGCUACCGCGACCACCUGCAUGAGGUGCUCCUGUGCUCGGACCUGGUCAAAGCUUACCAGCACUGCGUGAGUGCCGCCCACAAGGGGUGAGAAGCAGCCAUCAUUCCUGGCCCUGGCAGUGACUUGGAGCCCUGAAGAAGAGACCAAUUAUGGGACCACAGCCUCCAGACCCCCCGACCACAGCCAUCUUCUGCCAGGUGCCCAUGAUGCUUAAGAAAUGAAGGAUGUGCUACUGUCCGAAAACAAAUAAAGCAGCUGUCUGUGUUUUCAGUCACUUCUA